AUGGCGAAGACCAAGGUCAAAGGCGCCAAGAGCAAGGGUAUCAGGAAGCACAGUGUUCCUCUAAAGGCAUUACCUGUGACACUCCUCUCCGGAUUCUUGGGAGCCGGUAAAACAACUCUUCUCCAACAUAUCCUCAGAAGUGAACAUGGCCUUCGCAUCGCUGUCGUGGUCAAUGAUAUAGGAGCUAUCAACGUCGAUGCGUCUCUCAUCAAACAAACCCAUCGCGUUAACAAGACGCAAGAAAAAGUCAUCUCCCUCCAAAAUGGUUGCAUUUGCUGCACGCUCCGAGGAGAUCUCCUGGAAGAGCUUGUUCGUCUCUCUCAAUUGCAAGAGUUUGACUACAUCAUCAUUGAGAGCAGCGGUAUCAGCGAGCCUGAGCAGGUCGCUGAGACGUUUGACUCACGAUUGGCGGAGCAGAUGGAUGCCAUGGGGUCUAUUGAGGGUGCACCUGGACUUGAUGCUGACAUGGUCAAAGUUCUCAAGCAGCUGAAGGAAGCUGGUGGUCUGGAAAAGUUUGCCAGACUCGAUACGACUGUCACUGUCAUUGACGCAUUCACCAUGCUCCACGAUUUUGACACAGGCGACCUGCUAUCCUCUCGAAGAGACGAUGUCACACCAGAGGACGAAAGAACGGUCUCGGAUCUCAUGGUUGAUCAAAUCGAGUUUGCAGAUGUUAUUAUUCUUAACAAACUGGACAUGGUCGACGCAUCCACAAAGCCUCGUCUACUGGACCUAAUUAAGAAGCUCAACCAUCGGGCCAAGGUAAUUGAGUCCAGCUAUGGAAAGGUUGAUGUCAAACAAAUUGUCAACACAGGCAUGUUUAAUCUUCAAGUUGCACAAGCAGGCUACGGUUGGCUUCAAGAUCUUCAUGACAUGACUGUCCGCGAGGUCAAUGGACGUAAUGUUCUUACACCAAAGCCUGAGACGGAAGAGUACUCUGUCAGGAGCUGCAUCUAUACCCGUCAUAGACCUUUCCACCCUCGACGGCUAUGGGCAUUGCUGUAUGACAAGUUCAUUCUUCAACUAGAGAAUCCCGAGGAGGAUGAGGAGGACAACGAUGAAGAAGGCGAGGAAGAUGAUGACCUUGAAAUGGUGGACUACGCAGAUGCUCAAGACCCAUCCGCAGACGUUGACCGAGAAACUGAAGACUCGUCUUCAUCACGCGGCAAACGCUCUGCACCUUCAUCGCCUCGAAGCUCACAUUCGACCAUUGAGUCGGCACCUUCACCAGAGCCGGCAUCCAAGAAGCAAAGACUCGCUGAAGCAGAGAUGGACAAGACAGAAGAUUACUUUACCCCACCCAACGAAGUCAUCCUGGAAACUAAGCGAAACCAUCCCAUCUUCGCCCGUCUUUUCCGCUCGAAGGGCGAAUUUCUGUUAGCAACGCGACCUCACCGCGCAGGAGACUGGUCUCAAGCUGGCGCAAUGCUCACCAUGACAGGUGGAAGACCAUGGUUCUGCACCCUUCCAGCAGAGGACUACAUGACAGGCGAUGCAGAAGUAGACGGCCUCGUACAGCAUGAUAUCGAAAAGGGCGGCGAGUGGGGCGACAGACGUCAAGAGCUGGUGUUUAUCGGGGAGAACCUGGACCACAAGGCGCUUGAAAAGGUGCUGGAUGAAUGCCUGUUGACGGAUGCCGAGUUUAAACAGUGGGAGGAGGUUAUGAGAGAUGAGAAAAAGAGCGUCGAGGACAAACGUGAGGCAUUGGAGGAUCUAUUUGACGAUGGUUUUCCGGAUUGGUCUGAGGAUGGACAUGAGGAUCAUGAGGGACAUGAUCACUCUCCUUCGGGUGGGUUGAGGUCGAUCAAGCAGCACUUGCAGGAAGUGGACUAG